GGUGCUUGUGAGAGCAUAAUUGAGGGAGAGCCGAGAGCUGAGAGGUGAAUCCAUGGCCACUCCCAUUUCCACCAUCUUCCUCCUGAAGUUUCUCCUGUAUGCUGCUCUUCUUUCCUCCAAGAGAGGCCUUGCUUUUCAAGGAAGAAAGACUGCACUCUCAACACCCAGUACUCUUCACAAUGUCCAUAUCACUUCGCUGAUGCCUUCAAGCGUUUGCAGCCCCUCUCCCAAAGGUGACGACAAAAGGGCAUCUCUGGAAGUGAUUCAUAAACAUGGACCAUGCUCAAAACUCAGCCAAGACAAGGGUCGUUCUCCGUCUCGCACACAGAUGCUCGACCAAGACGAGUCUCGGGUCAAUUCAAUUCGAUCAAGGCUAGCCAAGAACCCUGCAGAUGGAGGCAAAUUGAAGGGCUCUAAGGUCACUCUACCAAGCAAGUCUGGAAGCACAAUUGGCACAGGCAACUACGUUGUGACAGUAGGCCUGGGCACACCAAAGAGAGACUUCACUUUGAUAUUUGACACUGGGAGUGACCUCACUUGGACUCAAUGUGAGCCUUGCGCAAGGUAUUGCUACCAUCAACAAGAACCCAUCUUCAACCCCUCCAAGUCCACAUCUUAUACCAACAUCUCCUGUAGCUCACCCACAUGCGCUGAACUCCAGUCCGGCACCGGCAACUCUCCUUCCUGCUCAGCCUCCACUUGUGUUUACGGCAUACAGUAUGGUGACCAGUCCUACUCUGUUGGAUUCUUCGCUCAAGAUAAGCUUGCCUUAACAUCCACAGAUGUGUUCAAUAAUUUUCUAUUCGGGUGCGGCCAAGACAACCGUGGCCUAUUUGUUGGCGCAGCUGGGUUGAUAGGCCUGGGGCGAAACGCUCUAUCCCUUGUGUCUCAGACAGCUCAAAAGUAUGGCAAACUUUUCUCCUACUGUCUCCCAUCCACCAGUAGCUCAACUGGAUAUCUUACGUUUGGAAGUGGAGGUGGAACCUCUAAAGCAGUGAAAUUUACGCCAUCCUUGGUGAACUCACAGGGCCCCUCAUUUUACUUCCUGAAUUUGAUAGCGAUAAGCGUAGGGGGACGCAAAUUAUCGACAUCAGCAUCGGUGUUUUCCACGGCAGGCACCAUCAUAGACUCGGGGACAGUCAUAAGUCGGUUGCCCCCAACAGCAUAUUCUGACUUGCGGGCAUCUUUCCAGCAACAGAUGUCUAAAUAUCCAAAGGCAGCUCCAGCUUCCAUACUCGACACAUGCUAUGACUUUAGCCAAUAUGACACGGUGGACGUGCCCAAGAUCAAUCUAUACUUCAGUGAUGGUGCCGAGAUGGACUUAGAUCCCUCAGGGAUCUUUUAUGUUUUGAACAUAUCACAAGUUUGCCUAGCCUUUGCGGGAAACAGUGAUGCCACUGAUAUUGCCAUCCUAGGAAAUGUGCAGCAAAAGACAUUUGAUGUGGUGUACGACGUCGCUGGAGGGAGGAUUGGAUUCGCCCCGGGAGGCUGCGAGUAAAAUCAUCAAGCUGAUGAAGAAACAAAAUCUUCAGAUGGCUAGCUCUUGGUAGUCAUAUAAUUAAAUAAGGUUGCAUUAAUAUAUAUGGGAUUGAAGGAUAUAUAUCGUAGUCCAUUGAAAAAUCAAUUAUUAACGGCCAAUAAAAUGGGCCUUAGGAAAGAAUUGCAAGUGUAUUGGAUUGUGUAGCAGUGAAACAAAGAAAGCUUGUUAUGUAGACAUGGUGAUGACAAGGCUAAGGUUUAUACAAGUAAAAGAAUUUGGGUUUCCA